AUGGCAGGGAAAACGACAUCGAAGCGACAGCAGGUGCUAAAGCGGCUGAGAGAUAAUAUCAGCCAAGGGCGGGCGAUUGUAGGCGGAGGUGCAGGUAUUGGGCUGAGUGCAAAGACACAGGAGGCAGGAGGAAUUGAUCUGAUUAUCCUAUACAACUCGGGUCGCUAUCGGAUGGCUGGUAGAGGGUCCUUGGCAGGUCUGAUGCCUUACGGUGAUGCGAAUGCCAUUAUGCUAGAUAUGGCCCGUGAAACUCUGACCAUCGUGAAAAAUACGGCGGUCUUGGCAGGCAUAUGCGGGACGGACCCCUUCCGGGAUAUGUCACGACUGUUAAAGGAGGUCAAAGACCUGGGCUUCACUGGAGUCCAAAACUUCCCCACAGUUGGUCUCAUCGACGGCGUGUUUCGACAGAACCUGGAGGAAACAGGAAUGAGCUAUGAGAAGGAGGUUGAAAUGAUCCGAAUGGCACACGAAUUCGAUCUUUUAACGACACCAUACGUCUUCAACGUCGACGAGGCCGAACGAAUGACAAAGGCAGGAGCCGAUGUCAUCGUAGCUCACAUGGGCCUCACGACUAGCGGUACUAUCGGUGCAAAAACUGCGUUAACCCUCGACGAUUGCGUGGUCCGGGUCAAGGAGAUUCUAGAUGCAGCUGUGAAGAUCAACCCAGAAAUUAUAGUUCUUUGCCACGGCGGUCCCAUUGCCACCCCAUCGGACGCAAAAUAUAUGAUUGAAAGGGUUCAGGGCAUUCAUGGCUUUUUUGGUGCUAGCUCACUUGAGCGGCUGCCAGUUGAGGCUGCCAUGAAGGAGGUUGCCCAGGACUUUAAAUCAAUCCGUUUACCUGCCCGUCUGUGAAAUGGAUAGUGACCGUAUUAAAAAUGUGCUGGACUUUCUUUUAGUCUAUGCCAGUGACAUCACGUUCAACCGUGUGCCUGACGGGACGGCCGAGCUAGCGUCCGACACUACAUACCGCUGGCGCUAGGGACUGAAUUUAUUCGGACAGCUGAGGAACGAAAGAUGCAGUAUAUAUCAGAUAUACCCAUGGUUAGAAUACAGGCUGGAAUUGUGUGAUAGACC